AUGGAUAAAAAUAGUGACAAACAAUUGAAUGACACGAAAGUGGUUCACAAGAAGAAGAAAAGAUACCCGAAGAGACCCCCGAAGACUAUCUGCAAAUACCCUCAAGACGUGAAGGAUAUGUCCGCCAAUUGGAAGCGUUUGUCUCAAGAACUGAACCAAAAUAAACAAAAGAGUAAUAAUAAAAGUUAUAAUAAAAGCGCUGAUAAAAAGAUGACACAAAACAAGAGUCUCUCUUAUAAUGAAAUACAAAGAAAAGUAAACGAAAAGAAGUCAUCGGACGAGAAGAAUAAGAUUUGGUUCGACGGCGUCGACAAGUGUCUCAUUAAGUCAUCGAUGGCCGACUCAAAGGUCACCGACAGUGAGCCAAACGACAAGAGACUCGUCAAAGAGAAGAGUUUCACGGGUUUGACAAAAGUUGUGGGAAUGGACUGCGAAAUGGUUGGGACGGGUAGUGAUGGCACUCAGUCAGUGUUGGCCCGCAUAUCAAUUGUCAAUUUCUUCGGUCAUUGUGUUUACGAUAAAUAUGUGAAAUCAAUAGAAGAGAUCACAGAUUACAGGACAGAGUUUAGUGGUAUUAGACCUUCAGAUUUAGUGAAUGCCAUCGACUUUAAGACCGUUCAGUCAGAAGUAUUGAAUGACACGAAAGUGGUUCACAAGAAGAAGAAAAGAUACCCGAAGAGACCCCCGAAGACUAUCUGCAAAUACCCUCAAGACGUGAAGGAUAUGUCCGCCAAUUGGAAGCGUUUGUCUCAAGAAAUGAGCCAAAAUAAACAGAAGAGUAAUAAUAAAAGUUAUAAUAAAAGCGCUGAUAAAAAGAUGACACAAAACAAGAGUCUCUCUUAUAAUGAAAUACAAAGAAAAGUAAAUGAAAAGAAGUCAUCGGACGAGAAGAAUAAGAUUUGGUUCGAUGGCGUCGACAAGUGUCUCAUCAAGUCAUCGAUGGCCGACUCAAAGGCCACCGACAGUGAGCCAAACGACAAGAGACUCGUCAAAGAGAAGAGUUUCACGGGUUUGACAAAAGUUGUGGGAAUGGACUGCGAAAUGGUUGGGACGGGUAGUGAUGGCACUCAUUCAGUGUUGGCCCGCAUAUCAAUUGUCAAUUUCUUUCCACUGAAAUUCUGGCAAGUCAGUCUUCUGCACCAAAUACUGAAAGACAGGACAGUUGUGGGACACGCCAUACACAAUGACUUUAAGGCAUUGCUAUUAAGUCAUCCGAAGCACAAGACUCGGGACACGAGUCGAUACUUUAAGAAACUGUUUGGCGGCCGAAAUCCGGCGCUCAAACGUCUCUCGGAAACGGUUUUGGGCGUAAGAGUACAGACGGGAGAACACCUGAGGCAUCUCCUGCGCUCCCAACGCUACGCAAACAUAUGA